UAAAAGGAAGAGAUUCAUUACUCGAUCUAGGUUAUCUAAGAAAUCACCCGCAGUUUGUUUUGGAAUCCGUCAGGACACAGUCAAUCGUCAUGGCCAACACCCUCCCCGCACUCUUUUCCCUGGACGGGCGAACAGCAAUCAUCACAGGAGGAACCAGAGGAAUCGGACAGGCAAUGGCCAUUGCUCUUGCAGAGGCUGGAGCGGACAUUGUGCUUAUUCAACGAGACGAAUCCAAUACUUCAACCCGCGACCAAAUCAUCCACCUCGGCCGCAAAGCAUACAUCCAUGCCGCAGAGCUAUCAGACCGCGAAGCAAUCAAAGGCAUCAUUCCCGCGUUGACCAGCCAGGGUGUGAAACCCGAUAUUCUGCUCAACUGUGCCGGUAUCCAGCGCCGACACCCGAGCGAGAAGUUCCCCGAUGAGGACUGGGAUGAGGUCAUCCAAGUCAACCUCACUUCCGUCUUCACUCUCUGCCGCGAAUUCGGCGACUACCUUCUCGCCCGGGACGCUUCGGAAUUCCCCACCGGCCGCCGCGGCUCCAUUAUCAACGUGGCCUCUCUGCUCUCCUUCCAGGGAGGAAUCACCGUCCCCGCAUACGCCGCUUCCAAGGGUGGCGUGGCCCAACUGACGAAAGCCCUCUCGAACGAGUGGAUCAGCAAGGGGAUCAACGUGAAUGCCAUUGCCCCCGGGUAUAUCGCGACCGAUAUGAACACGGCGUUGAUCAACGAUUCGAACCGCAACCCGGCGAUUCUGGCGAGAAUUCCGGCCGGCCGGUGGGGGAAGCCCGAGGACUUCAAGGGUGCAGUGGUGUUUUUGGCGAGUGCCGCGAGUAGCUAUGUGUCCGGGGAGAUUCUCUGUGUGGAUGGUGGAUGGAUGGGCCGGUAGAGUAUACUCCUCAGUAAUAGGUUUACGCUUCUGGUUUGGUAAUAAAAUCUUGAUCUGGUAUCUAUCUAUACAAUAUGAGGGGGUCGGUCGCCCGCGGUUAUUCAUAAUCUAAUUAAUAUAGUUAACUAUGUACAGCUGCCAAGGUGGACCCAAACAAGAUAUACUUCAAAGUUCAUGGGAAUCUCUAAUCAGACAUCAGCCACUCGGGGACCGCGU